AUUCUUGAGCUCCCCGCAACCCCAUCCACCUCGGUCCACUCGCUGCCUUGUUUCUAGCUACCACGCUUUCCUUUACAAAAGCAGCCAAAGGAAGAAUAUUAUUCCUUAAUUGAACUCUCGGAAUCACUUCAGCCCCCUUUGGCAUCUUUUGCUGCCUUCACUAUAUAACCCACCCGGCAUUCUCCUUCCAGACUUAUCGAUUCCCUCUGCUUUCAUGUGCCUGCUUCCUUCUCCCACACUCUCCCAGAAUCACAGUGCAACCCUGGAGUCUUCUUCUUCUUCAUGGAGACUAUUGAGCUGAAGGUGGACAUGGUGGCAUUGCAUGAGAAGAGAUUGAGGAAAUGCCUAUCCAAAGUCAAAGGGAUAGAGAGGGUUGAGGUGGAGGCCAGCAUCGAGAAGGUGGUGAUCACCGGGUAUGCAAACAGGAAUAAGGUCGUGAAGGCCCUCAGGAGAGUGGGGCUGCGAGCGGAGUUCUGGUCUGCGCAUAAUGAGAUACUCAGCACCUAUGCCACUGGAAGCGUCAUGUUCAACACCUACAGUUUCUUUUAGGGAGCCGCAAUGCAUACACAUCCUAACAACACUAUCAUAUCUUUGUUCAUUUGUUUCUUCUGCCUUUUCCUUUGUUUGAGAGGGGACCGGUGGCCAUGUUUCACUGCCACAAGCUCUGAGAAGAGUUAUCUGUGUUCAUCCUAAUAACCCCCCUGUGUUUUCUGUAACUAAGAGGUGGUAAACCAGAUGGUUGAAUUCAGUA